AUGACAGCCAAGGAUAAAGCGAAUGUUACAGGAUCAAUUAGAUCACAGGUCAGGAUAUUUGGAUGUCUAGGUAUCAUCAAUCUAUUGUCUGGUCCACACUUAUUGUGUAUCACCGAGAAGACUGACGUUGGUUGCAUCAGAGGCAAGCAUCAGUCCAUUCACAAAGUGUCCAAAACACAAAUAUUCCCAAUACUACGCGAACCUGUACCAUUGAGUGAAGAAGAGAAAAAGGAGGAGAGGACUUAUAUUACUGUACUCAGUGAUAUGUUGGAAUCAUUUGACUUCUACUUCUCUUAUGACUUUGAUGUUACACACUCUGAACAACGUGUCUCUGACAUUGAGAAUGAUCCUCACCUGUCCACAUUGCCACUUUGGAAACGAGCCGACGAAAGAUUCUUCUGGAAUCGACAUCUCCAACAAAUAUUCAUCAAGAAUGAGUUCCAUCCCUUCAUUCUACCCAUAAUGGAUGGUUUUAUCAAGAUAUUGAAAUGUGAGAUCAACUCGAAUCACUUCAAUUAUAUAUUUAUUUCGAGGAGGAGUUGCAAGAGAACAGGUGCGAGGUAUCAUAUUAGAGGAGCGGAUCCACAUGGUAAUGUGGCCAACUUUGUAGAGACGGAACAGAUCAUUGCCUUUGGCAAUGUGUUGACAUCCUUCGUUCAGACCAGAGGCUCAAUCCCCCUGAUCUGGCAGCAGAAGGGCAAGGGCAUGAAGCCCCGCCCUGUGGUCGUCAACAGUCCGCUGAUAGAGGAGGCGUUUAAGGCACACUUGAACGAGCUGAUCUCGCUCUACGGCCCACAGGUGCUUGUAUCAUUAAUUGAUCAGAAUGGCGGCGAGAUGGCCAUUGGCGACGCGUUUGAAACACACGCCUACCUGCUCUUUGACAAGAGUCGAGUGGAGUACCACGCCUUUGACUUCCACGAGAAGUGCAAGAAUAACAAGUACGAGAACCUUGGCGAGCUGCUCGAUAAGGUCAAGCCGCGUUUCGACUCCUUUGGCUACCUCUUCAAGAGCACGGCGGGCACGCCCACCAUGCUCCAGUCGGGCUCGUUCCGAACCAACUGCAUCGACUGUCUCGACCGCACCAACGUCGUCCAGAGCGUACUGGCGCGCUACAUCCUGCACAGCCAGCUGACGCGCAUGGGCAUCAUCUCGUCGGCUGAGCGCAUCGAGUCGCACACCACCUUUGACCACCAGUUCAAGAACGUCUGGGCCGACAAUGCAGAUAUUAUGAGCGAACAGUACACAGGCACCGUCGCGCUAAAGACCGACUUUACGCGCACAGGCAAGCGAAGUGUCAAGGGCACGAUGACCGACGGUGUCAACUCGGUGCGUCGAUACAUCAACAAGAACUUCAAGGACGACGACAAGCAGCUGGCCAUAGAUCUCUACCUUGGCAAGUUCACCGUGGAGAAGUGGAUAUCCGAGCUGUCCUCGUCAGACUGUGGCGAGUAUGACGUGCAGCUUCUGGUCGAUGGUGAUGAGUACCGUGGAGUUCAUUCAGUUCUCAAGAUCAGCUCGUCGUCACAGUGCAUCGUCUCGUCGACCAAGGCCAGUGGACGUCGCAAGGAGUAUCCAUUCGACUCUAUUACCCUCGUCGAAAAGGGCAAGCUCAAUCACUGUUUGCUUGGCAUCUAUGACAUUGACAACCCAACUCCCGACAUGUUUGUGUUCCCCUCGUCACUCGAGAGGGAGAGAUUCAUGCAAGAUCUGUACAAGCAAGCCCUCAAGAACUGUUAUGUUCCAAUCAAUCCAAUGGGACCCGAUGGAGAUAUGGUCACUCAAUCAAUGCUCUCACCCCCAAUGACCUCUGUCCAAACACAGAAAUCUGCCGAAGACAUCGAUUCAACAGGUGAAGAUGGUGCAGUCGAGCUCAGCCCUAUCACCUCCCCAUCAUCAACAACAGCACAACAACAGAGGAACACUGAUGAAGCUCAUAGAUUGAAGUUGCUAGAGUUGUUUGAUUGUUUCGUUGGCUCAUGGAACAUGGAGAACUUCAACAUCAACACUGCAUCGCUGUCCGAAUGGAUCCCUCGCAACAAAGAUCUGUACUCAAUCUCUGCUCAACGAUUCACAAGUGACAGACCAUCACCUGGUUACGUCAUGAACUACAAGCAGUACUUCUUCUAUCUCAUCAGACAGUACCUGGGCGCACAGUACAUAGUUGUGGCAUCGGCCGUGACGGAGAAUACAGCCGCCAUCGUACUCGUUCGCAAAUCAUUAUCGACCAGUGUAAACAACAUCGUCGUCAGCUACCUACUCAAGCGUCCAUCACACAAGAGGUCCUUGACUUCUUCGCCAACAUCUCUUACAAACAGCAGCGGCAGUGGCUCCACCUCACCCAUGAUCCCAGUGUCAGAGAGUGGCAGCAACAGUAAUAGCAGCAGUGCCGUCAGCAAGGCUGCCAGUGGUCUACAGACAGUGACCAACUUCUUUAGGUUUGGCAAGCUCAAGGAGACUAGCGCCAAACCUGCCGAACUCUUUAAAGAGUACAAGAACAAGGACACACAAUUUGGAACAUCGAUCUCUUUCCAACUGCGCGAGACAUCAUUGUGCUUUGCCAACUAUUGCAACUAUGCCAAUGGAUCAGAGUCACCCAUGGAUGACAACAGCAUCGUCCACAUCAAGAACAGACAGUACCUCAAUGGUUCCAGUCGCUAUACCUUCUGGACCGGUGACUAUGACUCACAGGCACUCUCCAACAAGCUUGGCUGGCAACCAAUAGUUGAUCUGGACGUCUACCAGAGGAACCGUGGCGUCGUCUUUUACAAGGCCCAUCCCAACGUUGACCCAAUCGCCAGUCAGGAGGAGGCGUUGGGCGACCACCAGGACUCAUCCUACCUGUACCCACCACUGUCAUCCACCAUCACUGUGCCCGUACUCGCCCCAUUCAGCUGGCUAUCUGUCGCCGACUUGCCAUGCUUCAUCUUUUUGAGCUCGUUGGUUGUGGAUAACUUUGAACUGCUUCCAAGCAACACAAAGAUGGACUGCUUCUUGGAGUUCAAUGCUUUCCAUUUGUUGACUACAAUGGAGACCACAGUGCGCACUGGAAACGCUCGAGCAACUAUUACUGCGCCAGUGACUUGGAAUGAGAAGGUGGAGCUACGUUCAUUCAUCGAUGACAAGGAAUACCUAAAGACUCAAUUCAUUCAGGUUGCCUUGGUCUCUAGAGAUAUGCUGGAGCAUACACUGAUUGGCAAGGGAGUCAUCCCUCUUCGUGACGCUUGUGGCAACGGUCCAUCAGAGUUCAGGAUCAGCCUAUGCUUCGAAGACGAGUUUGCCUGCACGCUGCAAGGAGAGAUACAGGUGUUUUCAAAGUUAGAGGUGGCGAGAAUCGUCGAGCAACAAGCAGCCACUCAACAGCCACCCCCUGUACCAACACGCAAUCAUCCUCUGCAUCAACAACAGACAACACCGCCAGGAGGCGUCCUUAACAAGCCCCUGCCACCAACACCAUCACCAAGCCAGCAAUCACCAAUGCAUUCGCCAGCGAUACUUAGCAACUCUCCCACCACUCUCAUGGUCAAUCCAACUCCAAUGGGCGAUGAUAGCUCACCAAACCAAGAUCAAUCACUAUUGGGCAAGCUUGCCAAGAACCUCUCUAUGGAUGAUCCACUGAAUUCACAGGAAGUCUUGUCUACAAAGGAUAAAGAUCAAUAA